CAUUGUCUUUUUUGCCUUUUAGGUGAAAGAAUGGUUAUGUUUGAAUUGCCAGAUGCAGAGAGCUUUGGGAAUGGACAUGAUCACCGCACCUCGCUCCAAAAGCCAGCAGCAGCUACAUUCCUCUUCACUUUCUCCAUCCCACUCUCCAGCCAAACAUCCCCAGCCUCCAUUCCUGGGAAUGACAGGACAGGAGAAACCACCAGGAACUGUGGAGCCAGGCAUUAGGCAUGGUGCUGGUGUUCUGCAAUCAGAGUCACCAAAACCACCCCCAGCUACAGCACAGAGGGAACAACACACCCAAGGCCAGCCAAAACCUGCUGCACCUCAGGAAGUGGGGAGGUCUUCCCCUCAGCAUCAAGCAAAGCCUUCCUCCUGUGACCAGAGACAGACUGUGGGAGACUCCCCAGCAAAGACUUCAGCACCCCCCCACAGUGCUGCAGCACAAGAGCAACCCCAAGAGGGUCUCACAGGAAAGCUCUUCGGGUUUGGGGCUUCUCUUUUGACCCAGGCAAGCACACUCAUGUCCGUCCAGCCAGAGGCCACCCUGCAAAGUCAGCAGUCCCCUGGCAAAGUGCCUCCAAAAAUUCUCUUCAGUGAUGCCAGCAAAGAAGCUGGACUCAGAGCCUCAAGUGCUGCAUCUGGAGCACAGAGUAGGCCUGGGACUGCCCCAGCUACAAAGCAAGGAAAAGCAGAACAAGUCAUCAAGCCAAAGGAAGUGCCGAAGGAAAGGGUCUUGUGCCCCCUUUGCAAAUCAGAGAUCAAUGUGGGCUCCGGGGAACCCUCCAACUAUAAUACCUGUACGACCUGUAAACAGCAGGUCUGCAACAUGUGUGGAUUCAACCCAACACCUCAUCUUGUGGAGGACAAUAGGGUACUGGAAGUGGAUCCUGGCUUUGGAGUCAUACUGUUCAAUGGAAGGCUGGUGGUGAAUAAAUCAGUAAUCAUCCAUGAUUUGAUAAGGGAUGAGGCUCCUUACUUUGGCUGCCUAAUUCUGCAGGACUGGUUUUGGUGCAGUUGGUUCCAUCUGGGAACGAGGUACAGUGUGAUUUAAAGGGGGAUUGUUGGGGAGACGAUGUGGCUGUGCUGUAUAUGUCCAAUAUAAAAUGUAAGAGACAUCCUGCUCCCAAACUAGCUCUGAUAGAGUGCAUCCAUUGGGUAUGUAGGAUAAAGGUCGGGUGGAGUACCAUUGCUGGUGUAUGGUUCAUCAUGUUGCACUGCAUUAUUCCCUGCACGAAGAUCCUCACAGGCACAGAGGCCGGUAGUGCUCAAUGACUUUAACGUCCAUGUGGAUCUCAAAUUUGCUGGGCUUGCUCAGGGUUUCCUGUUCACUGUAAAGACCAGGGUGGCUGUCCAAGGUGAUUGAAAGCUUGGCUCCUACAGGUGGCUGAACUUUGGCUCUGGUGUUUGGUUAGAGUUAGAGUGGGAGAUUGACUAUUAUACCCUUGUCUGUUGCUGUAUGAUAUUAAAUCAAUUGUUUCUCAAGAUUUUAAAGACAUCUAAUGAGAAAACACUGAAAAACAUCCUAUUUGUAACCAGUUCUGCUUAAGUACAAUGUAUAGUUCAGGUAUGCCAGAUGUAUUUUUUUUAAUUAAGAAUACUGGCAUAAAAACAGCAAUUUGGAGCCAAUUUUCACCAUUGGUAUAAAACAGUGCAAUUCCAUUUACUCCAAUGAAGUUGCUCCUGCUUAUGCCUGUAGUGAAUCUGGGUCCUUAUUGUUCAGGUCCCAGGUUUUCCUAUUGCUAGUGCCACAGGAAGUGGUGCUGCUGAUUCAGUAGGUGCCACACUCUUCUCUGAGUUAGUAGUAGAGCAAUGCUCUAACUUGAUGUUGUGCUGCUGGAGUGUCUGUCAUUUUGAUGGGAUAUUAAACCAAAGUCAUUUAACAUUCCCAUGCACUUUGCCCAAAGAGUACUGAUGGUAACCCUGCUAUCCUGGCCCAAUUCCAUUAUGGGUAAGGCUACAAUUUUAUCACGGAGGUCACGGAAUCCUUGACUUCCAGAGACCUCUGUGACUUCAGCUUGCAGUGGGUGGGAGCUGCAGGGUCCCCCUGCGGUGGCUGGGAGCAGCAGGGUACCACUGCCACCUCCAGUGGCGGGGGCCUCCUGGAGCUCCGAGCCGCCGCAGGCGGUGGGAGUACCCCAUAGCUCUUGGCCACUACAGGCGGGUGGGGGAAUCCCAGAGCUCCAAGCCACUGGGGGCGGCAGGGUUACCCUGCAGUUCCCAGCUGCCUGGGGCCACCGGGAACUUUGAGCCGCCGUGAGCAGUGGGGGUACCCCACAGCUGUCGGCUACCCAGGGCCCUGGGAGCUGCAGCGGGGGUACCCUGCAGCUCCCGGCCACCUCAGGCAGUGGAGGUACCUCACAGCUCCUGGCCGCCCAGGGCCCCUGGGCACUCCGAGCCACAGCAGGCGGUGGGGAACCCUGGAGCUCUGAGCCCCCCACAGGUGAUUGGGGUCCCUGGAGCUCUAAGCCGGGCCCUGCAGGUGCCCAGCCACUGUGGGUGGUGUGGGGACCCCACAGCUGAGCUCCCCAUUUUGUCAUGGAUAUUUUUAGUAAAUGUCAUGGACAGGUCAUGGGCUUCCAUUAAUUUUUCUUUAUUGCCUGUGACCUGUCCAGGC